AUGUUCACGUCGUCCGCGUCGUCCGCGGCGUCCUCGAGCGCGCGCGUCGCGAGCGCGGCGUCGACGCGCGCGAGUGCGUCGCGAGUGAAAACUUUCAGUCGAGUGGUUCCGUGCGCAUCGUCGCGUGCGAGCGUCGUCAGCGCGCGAUCGACGGCGAACAGAGGCGUUAGGUCGACGCGUACGGAUGUGCGCGGUUCAACGUUGCGGAGAUGCGCGUCGUCGGCGGUGGAGUUGCCGGGAACCGCAGCCGCGACGGGCGACGGGUCGAGCUGGUUGUCCGCGGACGCGACGCCGAGAAACGACGCACUGGAUAGGACGAUUCUGGCUUUGUUCGUCCCGGCGAUGUUAAACUUUUUAAUUAUUCCGCUCGUAGGGGCGGUUGAUGUGUUUUGGGUCGGAAAGCUGGGCGACGCGGUGGCGCUCGCGGCGCAAGGGGCGGCUAAUCAAGUGUUUCAGAGCGCGUUUUGGAUAAUAUCCUUCAUCCCGAGCGUCAUCGCGCCGGUGGUCGCGAAGGCGGCGGCGGGCGGAGAUAAGAAGGAGCUCUCGACGAAGAUCGGGGAGGGGAUCUUCUGCGCUGCAGUCGUCGGGUUCAUGGGGAUGGUUUUUAUGUUUUCGCUGCAAGAAAAGUGCCUGGGCAUCAUCGGCGUCGUCUCAGGGAGCGAGACGGCGAGGCAGGCGGCGCCGUACGUGGGAUUCCGUGCGCUAACGUUCAUUCCGGCCAUCGUUUCCACCGUGGGAUUCGCCGCAUUUCGAGGUACCCUGGACGUGAUGACGCCGAUGAAGAUCACGCUAGCGAGUCAAAUGUUGAACGUUGUCUUGGACCCGAUCCUUAUCUUUGGCGUCGGUUUCAUCAAGUCGAUGGGGGUCGCUGGCGCCGCGAUCGCGACGUCAAUGUCAGAAAUCUUCUCCGCCGGACUGUACGUGUCACUUCUGGUGAAACGCAAGCUGGUUGAGUUCAAGGAUAUGUUUAGACCACCGAGCGCGCAGGCUUUGGGUACGCUCCUCGUCGGCGGCGCUGGGGUGCAGCUUCGAGCGGUGGCGCAGAAUAUUACCUUUUUGGCUGUUAUGCGCGCCAUCCUCACCAUGGACUCAACGGGCACCGCCGCCGCGGCGCACACGAUCUCUUCGCAGGUGUUCCAGCUCGGCGUCAUUGCCAUCUUGGCUCUUAGCACCAUCGCAACCAUUUUGAUCCCGCAGCGUAUGAACUCGAUGGAAAAGGGCGGUCCGCGAGAGGCGAAGCGCGUAGCUGAUCGCCUCCUCGUCUGGGGUCUCGGCGUCGGCUUCAUUCUCGCCGUUUUGCAGGCGGGAAUGAUCCCAUUCAUCGGCGUCUUUUCCUCACUUUCCGAGGUUCAAGAGCAGGCGAAGAUUCCGUGCCUCAUUGGCGCGCUCCUGCAGCCGCUCAACGGCAUUGUCUUCGUCGGCGAGGGCUUGAUGCAGGGUCACCAGGCGUUCUUACGUCUCGCCGGUGGCAUGUUCGUCUCCACGGGCGCGAUGCUGGUCGCUCUAAAGUUUUAUGGCUCCACGCUUGGCGGUGUCUGGUUUUGCUUCACCGUGUUCAACACGUUCCGACUCUUCUUCGGCUUGCGUCACCACUUCUUCGACGGCCCCUUGGCUCCGGCGAACAUGGAAGCCACGAUCGCCAAGCUCGAGCUUGAGACUGCCGCGAAGAACGUGAAGAACGACUGA